AUGGUGUGUGCAAUAAACAAUAUUGGAUAUAAGGAGUUGGCUAGAGUUGAUGGAAUUAAUAUUACUAUUACUAUUGAUCUGCAACUGUUCAUAAGUUCCAGUAUGGAUGCAUUGGACAAAUCAAAAGAAAUUGGUGCACAUCAACCAAUUGCAGAUUUAUCUGAAGCAGUACCAAAUAAUAGAAAAAGAUCUCACGAAGAUGAAUCAAAAUCGAUUAUUGAUGAAGUAUGUGUUUCUAAACAAAAGGAUUUGGAUUAG